AACGGGGUGGACUCACUUUCACAUUACUUGCUUUGUGAAUUCGAGAGACUUCUUACUUCUACUUUGGGUAAUUUGACUAUGGGAUCCUGUAAUGAUGGAAAAACUUCUGAAAUAGAGAAUGCUACAGAACAAAAAGAAAACUCAGGUGGCGGUAUUAGAAGCGGUCAUGCUCAUCUAGGUGGGGUUUCUAGAGGCAACCUUUAUGAUGUUUUUGACUGUGAUGAAUUUUAUGGUGGUCUGGAUUCCAUAAUCUCGGGUGAUGAAUUUCUUGGUCAUGUCUCAGAAAACGAAAAAAGGGUUCCAUUUUCAACGAUGGAGGAUCUUUGGGACUCAGAUACAAAUGAGAUUAUUUGUCAAAAAGGUCUAUUGGUUACGCCAGAUAAUUGCCCGCCUACUCAGAAUUUAAACACCCAAAAAAGAAUGUACAAGAAGAGGAAUCAACGAUCACAUCUUAUGAGAACUAGAUCUCAAACUCGAGCGGAACUAUGAA